AUGUCGAGAUUUUUCGCCUCCGGCUACAACUCCGACUCUUCGUCGGAAGAAGAAGACCUUUUGAGCACUUCCGAAGAGGAGUUGAUAUCCUCGUCGGAAGAAUUCUCCACAGACAGUGAGUUUGACAAUGAUUCUGAUGAGUCGAGCAGUGAUGAUGACGACUCCGACUAUGAUGCCAGAGGUCCUUCGUACUUCUUGAAGAAAGACUUUUUGAAGUCUGGUAAAGAUGACCUGGACCUGGACUCCGACAACGAGGGCCGUAAAGUUGUCAAAUCAGCCAAGGACAAAUUGUUGGACGACAUGAGAGAGUCUGUCGACUCCAUUUACAACUCCAAGAACUUGGAGAACUGGGGCAGCGUGCUUACCGAGUCCGACCGUUUGGGCCGUUUGUUGGUGAGAGCCAACCAGCAGAAUGUAGGUGUACCAAACUUCUACUAUAAAAUGUUGGGACAGUUGGAAGAUGCCAUUGCAGAGACUUCCAACGACAAGGACAAGAAGAAGUUGCCUGCUGACCAGAACCGUGCGUUCAACACCAUGAAGCAGAGAAUGAAGAAGCUCAGCAAGGAGUUUGCUGUGUACUUGGACUUGUACAGAGAGAAGCCAGAAGCUUUUGAUACCGAGGAACCUUUGGACUUGGCCGUUGAGAGACCCGAGUCAUCAGCCGUGGUUGGUACUGUCAGUGGUACCGCCAGAGUGGUGAGCCCAAUCUUUGUGACUUUGAAACAAGUGGCUGAGACCAGAGGUAAGAAGAAUAUCGAUAAGUUCGAGCAGUUGAGCAUUUUGGAGAAGUUAUUGGAGGAGGCCCUGGAGAAGGGCAGCAUCUUCGAGCUCAUUUGCGUGUAUCAAAUGUUGCUCAGUGUGCGUUUUGACGCCGCCUCCAACCAGACCUACAUGCCUAUUGACUUGUGGACCAACAGUGAAAAGGAUAUCAACAGCUUCUUGACCUUGUUGGAAAAGAAUGCCAAGACGUACCAGGUGAGUGAAAAGGGCACUGCCACCGACGACUUGGACAUAGAGCCUACUGCCAAUGCUGAUGGCGUCAAGGUCAUCUUGGGCUCCGUCUCUGCUAUUGUCGAGAGAUUGGACGACGAGUUCACCAGAUACUUGCAGAACACCGACCCACACUCCAUCGAGUACAUUGAGAGAUUGAAGGACGAAUCCAACCUUUACAAGUUGAUUGUCCGUGCACAGGUUUACGUGGAAUCCACCACCGGUUCUGGCGAGCAUUUGGCCAGAGUUGUUCUCAGAAGAUUGGACCACGUUUACUAUAAGCCAGACCAAUUGAUUAAGGUCAACGAGGAGAAGGCUUGGCAGAACUCUUGGGCCGGCAUUAGUCUCGAGCAGUCCACGCUAGUUACCAAGGGCGAGGAGCCAGCUAAGGUCAUCAACGCCAUGUACGAGUUCUUGUCCAAGCAGGAGUCUUCCAUCUACGGAAAACACGCUUUGUUGGCUUCUACCUACUAUUACGCUGUCAACAACAGAUAUGCCGAGGCCAGAGAGUUGUUCUUGGAAUCUCAGAUAUAUAACCAGAUUGCCCUGGCUGACUCUUCCGUUCAAGUUUUGUACAACAGAGCAUUGGUUCAGUUGGGUUUGAGUGCAUUCAGAGCCGGCGAGAUCGAGGAGUCACACCAGAUUUUGAAUGAGAUCGCAAACUCUCAAAGACUCAAGGAGUUGUUGGGUCAAGGUUUCAACCUGAAGUACCCUAGUCAAGCAACCAGUGCCGAGAAGCAGAAGUUGUUGCCAUUCCACAUGCACAUCAACUUGGAGUUGUUGGAGUGUGUUUUCAUGACCGCCUCGUUGUUGAUCGAGAUCCCAGCAUUGGCUGCUGCCUCCAACUCGUCCAAGGACUCCAAGCGUAAAGCCAGCAUCAAGUCGUUCAAGAGCAAGUUGGAGUUCCACGACAGACAAUACUUCACAGGUCCUCCAGAGAGCAUCAAGGACCACUUGAUCUAUGCAUCGAGGUACUUGCAGAAGGGUAACUGGGCCAAGUCCUACGAAUUGUUGCUGUCGAUCAAGAUUUGGAAGUUGUUCCCAGACAACGAUUCAUUGUUGCUGAUGUUGAAGCACCAGUUGCAAGUGGAAGGCUUGAGAACAUACAUUUUCACUUACAAAACCAUUUUCACCAAGUUGUCAGUGGAGAAAUUGGCCGAGAUGUUCCAGCUCGACUUUGCCAGUGUCACUGACAUCGUUGAAAAGAUGCUUUCAUCAGGUGACAUUCAAGGUUCGAUCGAGGACAAGUUCAUCAACUUUGCCACUGACGAACCACAGAGAUCUAAGUUGCAGGAGUUGGCCAUCAUCAUGAACGAGAAGGUCGGCUUGUUGAACGAGAAGAACGAGAAGACCGCCGCCAAUGGCCACGGAAGAAAGCAGGCUAUUCAGCAGCAGCAGCAGCAGCAGAAGGAGCAGAAGGAGCAGAAGGAGAUCUUGCAGGAGGAGAACAACAGGUUCAGAUACGCCAACGUCAACACCAACAACGACGAGUUCCAGGUGACUGCUUAG